GAUUACAAGGCAGUUUUUCGGUAUAAAUUUAGCCUUGUUUUUGCCAACUUGUGAUGACAAUUUUCAUAGAUCGCGUCCUACUAUUAAGUCGUAUAAAUUAAGUUUUUUAAAUUUACUGAUUUCGUAUUAAUUAUUUGUUUAUUUGAAAGUAGCCGAAUCAUUGAAAGUGGAACACCACGUCAUAACAUAACCGGUUAUCUAUUUUUUUGUGAAUUACUUGUGAUGACGUCCUCCAAUGUCAACCUGUCAAACCAAAACAAUCAAUAUAUUUCUUUUUUCCAAGAAUUACCCAAAAAACGCAACAAAUCUCAAGUGGCAUUAAUAAGGGGCUAUGAAGGCCUCCAGUUGAGUGACUCCAAUGAAGAGAAAUCGGAGUAUCCGAGCUCUGCCUUUAGAUAACCUCAAUCUCUUCAGACACCCACCCCCGGAUUCCUCACACUCUUUGCACAAUGACAGGCUUUAUUUCGGUGAGGAAAUCACUCAAGAAAAAACGCAAAUUUUGUCGAGUGACGACUCGGAUGUCAUCUUGACGAAUAUAAGAGACUGGGGGAGCAAAAGCUCCUCAAGCUCCCUCAGUUGGGGCGAAGAGUACAAAAGUGAAGCCUCAAAGCAAGUCAGGGACGAGUUGGAACGCAUGGACCGAGUUUUACGAGGAGAGGAACCAAUUCCUAGCAAUUACGACCAAGAGGAAUACCAAGAAUGGAUGGAAUUUUUUCCCAAUUUAUGUGUUUUUGGCACAAAAACCUGCAUAUAUGUUAAUACAGUUCAAAGCACAAACGAUUUCGAAGAAAUCCUCGCAAUUCACCCUGAAGAUAACUGUGAUAAGGUCGAAACAAGCGACCGGGUUAAAAAAGCUGUGAUUGAUCAGAUUUACGAUAAAAUCGUCAAAAAGACGCCAAAAAUGACACUAAAUGACAGUAUUGACUUUGAGAAUUAUUUGAAAAUUUCGCCGAUAGGGGGUUCUCGUUUGCCUCGGCGCCAGUCUUCAUCCCGGUCUUUGAUGUCGUCUCAUAUUUCCUCAUCAAAGUGGAUGAAAGAUGACGAUUACAGUUCAUUGCCGUUCGUGUCGACUAGAAACGGACAAGCCCCCCCGAAAAGCAUCCUUAAGAAUAGUCUAGUGCUGCCCCCUAUCCAGUCAAGGUAAUCGUUCUGCCAGACUUGCGUAUCGGGGGACUGAAACCACAAUACAUCGCCACUCAACACUUGGCAUGAAACAAACCACAACCAGCCAAGAGCUGCUGCUGCUGGCACCUCUCUUAAGACGCAUAUGGUGGAGAAAAAACAGGAACAGGAAGGGAGAAAAUCCAAGUAGAUGAAGAACAUCAACAGCAGAUAUACACAAAAGCUUGCGAAAAUCAACCAGAAUGUACGCAGCGUCGAUAGGUUUUGUGUCGAGUUUGUCACGGUUCUGGAACGACCGGGAGCGGCCUCACCCAAAUCGUGGCCCAUGUGUAUACCAGGAAAAUAAAGUGUAAAAAAAACUAUCUUAGUUUUGAAAAUGUUGUAUGUGAAUCAC